AUGGUGCCGGCAAAGGGAAUCUAUCUAGCGCUGUUGGUGCUGGUUGCCAGCAGCAGCUUUAGCGGCCACCACCAGGUGAAGGGAGAGAAGUACGAGGACGAGGACGAUUACUAUGAUUCCAGAGAACGUGUCCUGGAGACGUCGUACCACGGUUUGAUAAAAGAGAACGAAACGUUCGUCGAGAUUACGCCACUGAUCAAGGUUGAUGAAUCGAAAAUUUGUGGAUUCCACAUAAUUAAAAAGAACAAGGAGAUACCGUUCCAGAUUGAGCUGGUCAACGAGCUCGGCAUCCUGAAGGCGAAAAAGACACUCAACUGCGAGAAGCGGAAAAACUACAAGUUCGACAUCACCGCCGUGUUCUGCGAUGGGUCACACUCCAAGAGCGCAAGCGUUCACAUCUCCGUGAUUGACAUAAAUGAAUAUUCGCCAACAUUCCUGCAGCCUUCGUACGUCACAGAGGUGGACGAAGGCCGGCUCUACCAGGAGAUCAUUCGCGUCGAGGCUACGGACAAGGACUGUACGCCACUGUUUGGCGAUGUGUGCAAGUACGAGAUCCUGACGAACGAUCAGCCGUUCACCAUCGACAACGAGGGCUCGAUCCGCAACACGGAACCGCUGUCGCACAAGAUCUCGCACAAUCACAUCCUCUCGGUGGUGGCGUACGACUGUGCGAUGAAGCAGUCGGCCCCGGUGAUGGUCAAUAUCCGCGUGCGGCGUGUCUGCGAGGCCCACGUCAUGGGGGUGGCCGAACGGAUCGACUACACCGCCAACUCGCUGGAGAGCGUGUCACUGUUCCCGAAGAUUCGGCUCGAGCUGUGCGAUAUGCAGUGCAAGGGCGAGGACAUGGUGAUCCAGUCGUCGGUGUCGCUCAAGACGAAGCACAUCUCGUUCGGGUGCGAUCGCGACGCGACCCAGUGUCUGCGCCGGUUGAGCGAGGGCGAACCCCGCCAGCAGCUGGGCGACGGUGCCGGGCUGGUCGAUCUGCUGCAGAAGAACACCGACUGGACGAAGGACCUGGUGUACGACGAGGGCGCCGAGUCGGUGUUCCAUUUCGACGGCAACUCGGGUGCGAUCGUGCCGAAGAACGUCGUGCAGCCGCAGGACUUUGCGGCGCACCAGUUCAGCAUCGUGACGAUGUUCCGGCACCACAGUAUCGCGACGAACGAUAAGCACACCAAGGAGCACAUCGUGUGCAGUGCGGACGACCACAAGAUGAACCGCCACCACAUGGCGCUGUUUGUGCGCAACUGUCGGCUGAUCCUGCUGCUGCGCAAGGACUUUAACGAUGGCGACCUGAACAUCUUCAGCCCGGCCGAGUGGCGCUGGAAGAUUCCGCAGGUGUGCGACAACGAGUGGCACCACUACACGGUCAACGUGGACCUGCCGAAGGUGGAGUUGUACGUCGAUGGGGUGCGCUUCGAGAGUAGCGUCGAGGACCGGCACAGCAACCCGGAGGUGAUCGACGAUUGGCCUCUGCACGCGGCGCACGGCAUCAACACGACGCUCGCGAUCGGUGCCUGCUACCAGGGAUCGGAGAACCGGCUGAAGCACGGUUUCAGUGGUGACAUCUCGGAGAUCAAGCUGUCGACCCGCGCCAUUCUGACGCCGAGUCAGAUCCGCUGCGGAACGGACUGUGCCGAGAAGCUGCUCCCUCCGGCCGACCACUACCUCGAACCGGAGCAACAAAUUCAGUCGAACACGCAGAUGAACAAGAUCGUGAUCGAGGGUAGCAACAAAACCAACAUCGAGCUGCUGUUGCAGCAGAUCCAGUACAUCAAUGCGAAGGAAAACCCCACGAUCGGACGCCGUAACAUCCAGGUAAUGACCACGGUGAGCUGCCCGAACAAGAAGGCGAUCCGGUUGCCAACGAUCGACACCUACAUCAUGGUUACGUCGACCAGCAAUCCUUCCGGCGGUGCUGCAUCAGGAUUGUCCGCGUCUGCCUCGUCGUCGUCGUCGGUGUCCGGUUUGUACAGCAAGAUCCUGGACAAACCGCUCACCACAGACCAGAAGCCACGGAUUGUGAUCAGUGGCAACUCGAACCACCUCGUGUCGUACCCGGACAUCAAGGAGGGUGUGAAGAUCCUGGCGCAGAUCAACAUCAGCAUCUACACCGGCAAGGACAUUCGGCCCGAGAUGCAGAAGCUGGACUCGUGCAACGUGAACGUGUUCCCGAGCCUCAACCCGGACCACGAGGAGAUCACGAUCGACGAUAAGGACGGUGCGGAUGAGUCGCUGUUCAAGUUCGACAUCAAGACGAAGAUCAGCAAGGAGGGUGUCGAGAUGAUCGGUUACGACACGAUCGAGAACUACCAGCACGUGCUGAAGUCGCUCGUCUACAUCAACAAGAAGCCGGCCUACUACCUGAACCGGGUGUUCAAGCUGACCUGCUCGCAGGUGGACGAUCACUUCCGAAGCGCCGAGUACACGCUCACGCUGACGGUGCUGCACCCGAAGCAGCAGCCAACGUCCUCGGCGGCGGCCGCAGCAGCAGCGUCGCCCUCGUCGAACGUUCUCCUCGCCAUCUCGACCGCACCGUCCGAGGGUCAACAUAAUGGUCCCGUUGCCGUCGAUUCGCACGAUAACACAAAUCAAUACGCACAUGCGAUGCUACACUCGCACGACGUGCAGGAGGCCCAGUCGAAGGUUCGCACCAGUUCCGGCAUCAUCGGGCACGAGAAGCUCGCCUCGUCCCACUCGACGAUGCUGAUUGUGGUGAUUUGCGCCUCGUUCGUGCUGCUAAUCUGCGGUGUCGGCAUUGCCCGUCUGCGCAACAACAGCACCGGAAGUGCGGCCAGUGGUGGCGGUCUGCUCGGGUCCGGCGCGGCCGGCCAUUCGCGCAACACCGACAAACAUCAGCCGUGCCCGAAGGUGGCCCCCGAUCAGCAGCUCGAUUGGGACGAUUCCGCCCUGACCAUCACCAUCAACCCGAUGCAGAACGACAACCUGUCGGACGAGAGCUCCGAGUCGGAGAACUCGGACUCCGAGGACGAGGAGGUCAUCAACGGGCGCUACAAAAACGUCAGUCAGCUCGAAUGGGACAACUCCACAAUCUAAAUGAAUACAUCAAACACUUUAAAGUAUGACAGAUUUAUUACACUACACAACACCCAUCGCGGGUCACCACCAGCGACACCGUUCGAAGAGCAGCCCCAACCACCCGGCAGCGCAGCAGAACUCCCCGUGAACCAGUGCGGCGAGACCAAGCAAGAAGAAGCCUAUAUAUAUAAAUAAAUAUAUAUAUAUAAACUGUGAGAAUGAAAUCCCCAUAAAUUGUCCCAGCGCCAGUGAAACAAGCUGCGGCGCAGCGCGUCGAUCAGCCCAACCAAAAUCUGAUAAUUUGCACUUCGGGGGGUCACAUUAUCUGGCCACCACUACACAACCAUUACCCUCCGGGGGGACAGCACAAUAGGAACGGAUUAUCAGCCGCCACCCAAAACAUCCUUCUCUCCGAACGCGGGAGGGCCCUGCAGGUCCUUUCCGCUGACGCGGAGCCGCACACACGGCGGACGACCCACUAAGGGUUCCGCGUGGUGAUAUGGUUUUGUUGUUUUACACAAAUGUCCCCCGGGCGGAAGGCAGCCUCUGUACUUAAUGCAGCAAUGAUGAUGCAAUCAGUGUGUGCGGCACUAUGGGAAUCGCUUAUGGCAAAGUAACACAACGCCGCAGCGCCAACAACAUUCAUUUCGAAACGACACAAGCGAAAAAGAGAAAGAUGUGACCCCCAGGCGGGGCCGAAAAGGGAAAGCAAGGGCAAACACACCCAUUAAACUAACGAUCAGCUUAAUGAAAGUGAACACAAAAAAGGAUUCUAUAUUAUUAAAAGCAGUAAAUACAAAAGUCCACAGAAAGUGAAGGAGAAAAUCCCUCUAGCUAUACGCCGCCGAAAGGAGAGAAGCCAGCGACGAACGUAAGCGAGAGAGACAGAGAGAUAGCAUAAACGGGGAGUAAUAAUAAACGUAAAACGUGUGUAAUAGUGUGUGAGAUGUAUAAAUUGAUAAACAGAAAGAGAAUCACGCGGCACGCGGUUUACGAUGCUGCUGCUGAUAAGACGGCUAAUUAUAGUAUCACUAGCACCUAUCACUACAAGAGAACGACGGAAAACAAAACAACAGCUACUACUACUACUACUAUUAAAUACUACUGCUACUACUGUAACUACCACUAAAUCUACGACCCCAGUCAGCAACGGAGCAUGGAGAGGACCCCCAAGAUUGCUGCGCAUUCCACCCAGAUUUAGUAGCUCGAAAAGAACGUUGCGUCCUCCCCAAGAGCAUCCGCCGGCGCGCGACCUGUACGGCAGCCGGAGCCACGUAUCGUGAGUUGUGCUGCACCUCGUUUCGGAUCAACCGGUGCUUCGUUUGAUGGUGGCGGAUGACGCUGGAUGAAUCUCUCCCGAAGCGACCGACCACCGGACCUCUGUGAGAGCGCUGGCGAUGAGGUACCACGAUUGAGCAUCUUUCCGGUCGCUUCCCAAUGUCUUCUUUACUUGCCCCACAUGCCUCACACAUCUUACUUUUGAGCGCGCGCCGGAGGCUUCAUUUGGGUGUCUUGCCAUGCCAUGCGUCGUGCGUGCCAUCGUGUUCGCGUAAGCCGAUUUUAGCAGAUUUUAUUUAGGUGUUUUAAUCGCGAAUAAAGUGCACAAGAAGACAUUUUAAGACACACGGAAAGAAACGGCAACGGAAUUGAUUUGUACGCGCUCCCGAAACGAGAAUGGCGUUUGAUCUGCAGUUUUAGUACCCACAGCACACAGCACACUUCAGAGCUUCUUUUGUAGCACAUGGCGAUGGCGCAGGACACAGGGCAGAUUUUGGCAGACCACACCAAGUAAACAAGUAGGACGUUAAAGAGGGGUUGGGAGCUAGUAGGUUGCCGCCCGUGUGUACCGUCCGCGCGGGAACCGCAACUCUGUGAGGGCAGGAAAGAAGCGAAAAAACAAACUAUGAAUAAAAGAAAAGAUCCCUGACCGCGCCACGCCGGACUGGGGCAGGCAAUUCCGUUCCCAAACACUUUAAAAUGUGUGUGCAAUCGUGUUAAGGUGAGAGAAUCUCAUCGUGGAACGCUUUCUGCCAUGCGCCCGCGCUCCGUGUCCGAGUCCUGGUGGGGCUACCACCAGGUGGGUCGUUUGGUUGCGACCCCACACAAACACUUUCGUUUCACUCUCACCCCCUCACCCCGUUGAAGGACAUAUCGUAUUUGCAUAAGCUUAUUACAGCAGUAGACAAACAGCGGCAAACAGGAACUCCGCAGGCCGGUGGUGUCGUAUAUGUAUGAGAGGUAUUAAAGUACGUUCCGAACCCCUAGGAAUGAUAAGUAAACCUUUCGCGAUUUCUGGUAUGCCUCUUCGUGACUGUUCGGUGUUUGGCCGCUUGGGGCCACCGUGUGAUGAAAGAAAUGGCCCCGAGUUCCCAAGUGGUGGAAAUCGUUUUGUGUUAGAUUGAUUGAGGGAUGUACACCGUUUAGUUGCUCGUAGAUUCUCGUGCGAAUGUGUCGUUGGUCAAUGGUUCCCCCGCGUUAGCCUUGUAGUGUCUGUUUUCUGCUCGCAAUGAACUCAUCUGUUGACGGCACCCGAACGGACUCACUGGAGCCUCGGACCCAGUGUCGUCCCUCCGGCCAGUGGCGAUUGUUGCGAUUUGUGCGUGCGUAAGAGUAAGCCCAAAUGGAGCGUGAAGAUGAGGAUAAGGGUCGUUUUAUGCUUCACUUGCUGUGUAACGCUGUGGCACCACCGCGGUCCACGCUCUACGUCCAUACGUUUGGUGGCCCCUUUUUCUGGCUGAACAGUAACUGGCCUCCAUGGGACUGUGAAUUCAACCACCCGUUUUCGGUUUAAUUGUCCACCAUGAAAUACUGGGGCAGCUAGAAGGAGAAGAAAAAUUGUUGUGGUGGGCUGGCCAACAUGACACUCAGCACUCAGACAUUUUGCACCGAAACACCACCCAUUAGUGAAGUAAUUUAAAGCAACACUGGCAAGCAGCAGUAGCAGCAGCUUUCGAAUUUUCUGCUCGACAAACCGUCCAAUCGAAGACAAAGCGAACUAACUCAAAGCAUAAACCACACACAUAAGCCAGGUUCACACAAAUCUAAAUCGAUUUAAAGACACUAAAUAGUAAUAAAAUCCACUUCCAUCACGUCCAUGGCGGCACCCGAGUGAGCAAAGAAUUUAACGACCCAGAACUGUUUCAUGCCGCGAAUGGAUUGCGAAUGAUUACUUGUGAGCCUUUUUUGGUUUCUUUCGUACUCGUCUUCGGUAAGAUUAAAUGUCGAUAUGCCGCACAACUCGCCGCAAACCAUCGCCAGUACUAUCUUUCGUAAUCUCUACCGCGCUUGACUGCUGAUCUUCGAACAAACAGAGCAGGGGCACUGUCGGACGAUCGGACGGAAAAUGCUAUGCACACAGAAACUUAAACCAUUCUCAAAAAGGGAUCGAUGUUUGAACAUAAAACUUAAAAGCUACGCCCAUCUCGACGGGACGGGACGCCGGGUUUGGCCAUUUUUCAAAGGAACACACAGGCAUUUAAAUAAAAAAAAACUAGAGAAAGAAGCGAGAAUAUGCAGAAUGUAUGGCAGAUUCUAGUUUAACAUUAAAUUACCGCAAAAAUGUGUAUAUUGAAUAAUAGUAAACGGUAGUGGUGUGUCCCGUGUCGUGUAUAUGUACACAUUCGAGGGAUUAUAUGUAAACUGUACACAAUUGUGGGCACAGUUCCCGCAAGUCCUUUCCCGAUUUUAGACCCGAUUUUGGUUCUCUAUGUCCUGAUGGUGAAAGCAUAAAAAACACAAAAACUGGAUGGAAUCGAGAUAUAAAUGAAAGCCAAGAGCAGAACAUCGUAAAACACGAACAAGUAGACACACACAUACGGGGGAAGAAAAUCAAUCAAAACAGGAGGAGGCAAUCGGAGGGUGUCCAAAGGACCGCCGCGAUCUCCACAACUGGAUCUUAUUGCGAACGAUCAAGCAAAUGUGGAUUACGGAAAGUCGCUAGUACAUGAUCAAAUCAUUAUCAACGGAGGCGGCGAACAGGAAUCGGGAAAAUGGCACAAUGAUUGAGAAAAACGCAAGAGAGAGUGUGAGAAAGAGAGAGAGAGAGAGAGAGAGAGAAAAGUGACCCGUUGAACUGUAUAAUGGCAGGAAACAAAAUUACGAUAAGAUAGUACGCUUCCUUUUCAAAAUGAACGUAAAUAAAAGGACGCAACAGAUUCUAGCAAAUGGAACAGCGCAGUAAAGAAAAAAAUAUAUAUAUACAAAUAUAUAUAACGAAACAAAACGUAGUGAAACAAAACCCAAACCAACAAACUGAACCAUAAAAGAUAUUAUCAUAUUGCUUUUCUUACCAGCGCUCGAAAUCCAAACCCUACGCUUGGAACAGUCCCAAGCAGGCUUAUAAAGGACAUGACACAAACCUAUCUACCAUUAAUGGCGUGGAAGAUGGAAACGGACGCGGCCGGUUUGAUUUUGUGUAAUGAGAACAAACUGAAUUAUAAAACUGAAAUAGAUUUAGAGCAGCAAAAGUGAAAAUCCAUAUAUACACUUAUAUAUAUAUACAGUAUGUAAACGAUUGCCCACAAACCGGGCACAAACGGCAUAAAUCGAAUUUCCAGUUCAUGGCGCCGGAACAGCGCGUCAGUGUGGGAAAGGAAGGCAGCUUGUUGUUUGAGGAUGGUUCAAGGCUUGAUUUUUUCUCAUUUCUACGUCACACAGUAAGCCAUUCUAUCCACAGCACUCCGUUACCCGUUAAAGGCAUUCUAUUGACAAACACUAAAACGGGACGAUAUGCGUAAGCAUUUAGUAGAGUAGGUAAAGAAGGGGACACGGCCCGUGAAGGUUUUCUGCGGUUUUGCAGUGUCCAUCUUGCCCCCGAACAUAGGGACGGGGUCCGGUGUCGGUGUUGAGGCAGUGCAGAGUAUUUAACACAAACAAAAACCACCCAAAACUGGUGUUUUGCAUAAGGUGCGCUGGUUAAGCAAAUGCUACAAGCUCUUUUCCAGAUCUCUAUCCAAUCCAGGCAUUUUUUCGUGGCCACAACUUGUCGCGUGCUUUUUCUGACGUAGCUUAGAACAGCAAACCAGUACGGUGUUUCAUCGGAUGCAAUCGGUGUUUAUGGUUGGCCACCAAUAUGACCAACAAGAAGACGGAGCUAAACAGAAAGACGCAGGAGGUACGCCCUUUCGGUACGACAGGAUAGUAACUAUAUAGUGAAACAAAAAAACCGCAAACCCAAGUGGAUCAGCAUUAAGCGGAUAGAUAUGGCUGCAAAAAAAAACAAACCGGAACAGACCGAUAUACUCCCUGUAAUAAUCCCAACUAUUACU